AGCUAAAUGCAAGCAGCUUGGCAUAUUGGCCAGAGUGUUUUUUGUUUUUUUCAUAUCGGUGCAUUAAACAACACUUUUUAUCAGCAAUCAACCCAACAAAGUGCAACUGUGUGUAAAAACCCACCUGAAAUCAAAGUUGACACUUGGUAGCACUUCAGCAUCAGUUUGACCCGUCCAGCACGAAAUAAAUGCAACGAUCGAAGUGAACAGAGACAGUUAACUGUUUUGUCCAGUCAGUCCUCGCUGAAGCAGAUUUUGUAUACGGUACCAGCAAAACGAAACAACUCGUAGCAAAGAUGCCAGAAAGUGGACCAGUUUAUCAGCCGACGACGGUAUCGUUCGAGGCCCGUCCCAGUGCCGGUGGUUUGCUGGCCCAAACUACUGCCGUGUCGUCGAUGAAGAUGCUCCGUAAACCGGCCAUCCAAGUGUCGAUACUUGUGUUCGGUUUGAUCAUGUUCGCCACAGGUAUAGCACUGGUUGCUAGCGGUUCUGCAGACUAUUCCGAUGCCGAGCAGCAUCCGGAGAUCAACCCGGAGGGCAAAGUGCAGGAAGAGCAGAUCGAUGUGGGAUUGAUCGUGACCGGUGCGAUCAUUACACUGUUCGGGAUCAUAUUCUUAGGUUUGUACGUGAAGGUAGCAGAUUGGCGCCGUAGCUGCGUUUGUCCGUGCGUGCUGUCGAAAAAGCAAGGCCUGGCACGGCAGUUGCAGGGCAAUGGAGGCGGCCAGAUUCUUGCCCUAAAUCCGAGCACGGAUCCGCUGGUGUCGCAUACGCAGUAUGCGCCAGUGUCGGAAAUCCCCACGCGUCAGGAGGACGAGGAACGGCGAAAUCUGAUGCCGGACAGCAAGGAUUCGUGUAUGAGCAGUGCGGAAGAAUCGGACCGGAUGUUGGAUACGGAUCCGAGAAUUGUGCUUCGGCCGAUCGGCGGUACCUUGGAGGAUGCUUAAACGUACGUACACAAACAUAGACACACACACACAGAAAACACACACCGAUAAUAGAAAAAAAAGCAAAUGAGUAGACGAUAUCGUAUGUCACAAGAAAAAGGCAUACUAGCGAAGGAAGGUUCACCCUUCCUUCACCCGAUUUGAGUUGAAAAUUCACGCAAACGGGGUUUCGUUUUUUUUUUUUAAUUAUUACACUUGCGGGAUGAAACAUUUCACAUAACAUGCAUAAUACAUUAUCAUGUGCAAACAAUUAGAAAGAUACACACACACAGCAUCACGUUAGUCGAGUUCUGUACAUUCGUAACAAGGAAAGGGAUAGCAUUCAUAAAUGUGCAUUUGAUUUAUGCAUUCGAAUAAGUAUUGAUUUAUCAAGUAAUCUUUGGCGCUAUUUUGGAACUGACAGUGCGCUUUCGUUUUGCUUUUCUUUUAUGGAAAUAGUAUUUAUACCCGAUCCAAACUAAUGUGCUAAAAUUACUAUUUUGUUAAAUAUUAAGGAAAGUAAUUUGCGUUGUGCUACUUGCUAUCUCUCACAAAGGGUUUACUAAAGUACCUUUACCGUUUCCAUGCUAAGAGUAGCGUUUGUGAAACAGUCCAAUAUUAUUGGUUAGUAACAUUUUCUUCUCUAUCUUUUUUUUUACUAUUAUGCACUGAACUAUAUUUAUAAGGCAGCUAGAAAGCGAAUACGAAGCACGGCGGAAGCUUAUGCGAAUGAUGACAUAGUGACAAAAAACUGUACCUUUAUAAAUCGGGAUUUUCUUGUUGUCGAUUGCGUCGUACUUAAUUUACAGUGGAAAGCAGGGAGUAAUCUAGUGAAGAAUUGAUUAGCUUUUGUUUGUCUCUCUAAACUGUAAUGGUCAGAAUUUAUGUAAGAAAACGGAAGGAAAACCGUCCAGAGCGUUCAGCAUCAGGCACAGGCUAUUUUUUUUUUGUAGGGUUCGCCAUUGCACGCAGUAUACACGCUUGAAUUUAGUUCAGUAAUAAUCCACACAUCCCAAAACACGAGAUUGGGAGAACUUUUGCAAGAUAUUUAAGUAGUAGGCGAAGAAAAGCGCAAUGCUAAACCGCUAACCGACAUUAAUUCGUUGUCCUUUACCGAGGCGUUGGACAAAAACCCGCUCGGAGCAAAACAGCAAUAAGCCAAGAUAGUGAAAAGAUGGCCUAAAACACACGUGUAACGAGAACGUGGUUUCCGUUAGGUUUUUUUUUGGUUUUGUUUCCCGUUUUCGGCUAUGUUACGCCAGUUACGCCAACAUGCCGCAAGGUGCAGGGCAUGGCAAGGAUUCAGUAUUCAAGUAAUGUAAUAACGCGCCGCGUUGUUUCGCCGUGAAACAUACACACAGACAAAACAGUAACGAAAUUCAUAUGCAUUGUCGAAAAACUGAGUAAAUUAAUUCCAUCAGAAAGGAGCAGAAUGAUCGCAGUACACAUUUUUAAAUAAAUCUCUUAAUAGUAGGUUAGUUUA